AUGCUAUCGUAUAGAGUAGUUGAGGCUAUCGUAUGUAAUGCUUCUAACUCUGCCCUGCACAAUACACAACAACCUUACCACUCGUGGUCGAACAAUUCCGAUGCAGAUGUCAGCGACGUUGGAUUUUAUUUGUCUGGAUUCACCUACCGUACUUUCCCCUCCUACUUCGUAUACCAGUGCUCGCUGACUUGCUUCAAGGAUAACAGAUGUAUGUCGUUUAACUUCCACCACAACGACUAUACUUGCGAACUCAACUACGUGAGCCGAAAGUCGCUAAACCCGAAACCAUUCGAAUGGAUCCAGAAAGAAGCUGGAUGGAUCCCAGUGAUCAAAGGUCUUAUUAGGAAGGAAGAGUCGCGUUAUUACAGCCGAGAUGCAUUUAUCCUGGUCGAUAGAUUGAAACACCUAGCUCCUUGCGCGGAAGCGUGUGGUACCGACAACCUGUGCUCCCCGCUUUUCACCCAUCAACAGAAUGAAGAUAGAAACAAGACGCAGUGUCAGCAAUUAAACUUCCCAUUGAAAGGUUUUCUGGCUAAAUGGUCACAGUGGAGUAGGUGGUCGAGUUGCAGUGUGGAAUGUGGAAGUGGGUUUCGCAAACGAACAAGACUUUGCGAAAAAACAAGUCGUUCAUGGAUGUGCAGGGGGAUAUCUGUAGACAAGGAGUUAUGUAACACAAUUACUUGUCCGUACUGGACGCCAUGGGGUCCAUGGAGUGAAUGUUCAAAUAAACAUAAAUGUGGCACUGGGUCCAAACGAAGGGAAAGAACUUGUCUUUUAGUGGAACCAGAAACGAAAACAACAUGUGUAGGUGAUGCAGUUGCAGAGUGGUCAUGUAGACUGACCAAUUGUCAAGGGCCUCUCAAGCUAUCAGAGAAAACAAAAGGAGUGGUGUAUAUUGCUGAUGAUGCCGACUACUUUAAUGUCACCUGGAGAGCAGUUUGUAAAUCAUCACAUACAACCAUGGAUGUUCAAAUGAAAAUUAAAGACACAGUUUGCAGGUCCAUAAACAUGUUUAGCACGAUGCAUAAAUAUCAGAACGUAUCUGCAACUCUGGGCCCACCAUAUUUAAUACCUGUGAAAUGUUCAGCAAAUGAAAGCUAUUUGAUGAAAUGUGAACACAGUGGAUUGAAGGAACAGAAAUGUGAUUCCCAACUUUAUGUUUCAUGUUCAGGUUUGAAAGAUGGGUGGUAUGCUCCUGGCAAUGGUUACCAGUAUUUUGUUGUACCAUGUAGUGGAUAUACUACUGCAAAAGAAAAAUGUAAAAACCGGAACGCAAGGUUGGCUUAUACAGGUCCCAGAAAUAAAACUGUCAUGCGCAAACUAUUUACGAAUCUUUUGCUGCCACAACCAAAAAGAUUGUAUUUUGAUUUAAAAUACGUGAACAGUAAAUGGCAGUGGGGUGAUGGUCAAAUGUUAACUAGCAGUGAGAGCAUGUGGCAUUAUUGGUUCAGAUACAAUCCACAGCCAGAAAAUUCUGUGAAUCAACCAUGUGGGGGCAGUCAGCUUUCCCAAUAUGAAGCAUGGUAUGAUUUUACUUGUGCCGGCAAUGGAUUGGCAGUUUGUGAAAUGAAAAUAGAUCCAAUGCCAAACGAUGAUUGUGGUCCAAAUGAAAAUUUAGUGAUAAAAUGUACACAGAGUGAAUGUGAAGAAAAAUAUAAAGUCACAUGUUCAGAAAGGCAAGGGUGGUAUGCCCCAGGAAAUGGCUAUCAAUACAUUGUGUCACCAAAAGUUGAAAACUUUUCAGCAGGAAAAGCAGCAUGUGUUGCACUGAAUGCAACUGUUGCAGUACAUGGUGCAAAAAACAUUACCACUUACAAAAAAAUUUAUAGCAAUGUAUUCAACCGGGUGCAUGGUAGAGUAGCACUGGGUCUAACAAGAGAGGUAAGAGAGGGUGUGGAUUCCUGGAAGUGGGAAGAUGGAAGUAGUGUUACCUCUAAUUACUGGUACAAGGAUGAACCAAGAUCAAAUGGACCUGGUUAUUGCGCUGGUCCUGUCAAUACUGGAACAAGGCAAUCAGGAGCACUGUGGGUAGAUUAUGAAUGCAAUCAACCAAUGUUUGUUUUGUGUGAGGCUCUGACACUUGUAACAUCCAAUGAUUGCAGCAAAAAUGAAAAUUAUUUGGUUAAAUGCUCAAAAUCAGGAUGGAAAUUAAUAUCAGAAUGUGAUGUACACCAUCUUACUUGCAGUGGUCAACGUAUUGGUUGGAUAUCUCCUGGUAAUGGUUACCAGUAUAAUUUAACUCCAACUACUUCAAGUUAUAUUGCAGCAACCAUGUAUUGCAGAAACAUGCAAUCAAGAAUGGCUGUGAUGGGUUUUAAAUAUCAAACUGUGUUAAAAAAGCUGUAUCAAAUGUUGGACUUGGCCAAUUUAUAUCAUUCAGUUGUUGUUGGGUUAAAAGAUGAUUUCCAGGAAGGCAAGUUCCUUUGGGAGGAUGGUAGCCCUUUGAACAGCACUGUGGUAAACUGGUAUAGAGCACAACCAAACAAUUAUUGGAAUCAGGAUUGUGUUUUCCUAACAUUGGCUAAAGGUCAAUUAUUUUCUGAUGAAAGGUGCGAUGGAUGGUCAUUUUAUGGUGUUUGUGAAGACAAAUCUAUGUUGAGAUUUUUGGAAUGUAAGUCUGGAUAUGCUGAUCUGAUGUGUUCAUUGGAUGACUGCUUGAAAAACUUUCAUGUAACAUGCACAGCUAAAAGAGAUAACUGGUAUAUACCAGGCAAUGGAUUUCAAUAUAAGAUUACAGAAGUUGUCGAAAAUUAUAACAUGGGUAAAUUAACCUGCCAAACUAUGAGAUCAUCAAUUGCAAUCAAAGGACCACAAGAUAUUUCUACUAUGAGGAAAUUAUACGAUCACUUUGCUCCAAUGCAAAUGGACACUCCUCUGCUGUUUGGUUUGCAAUAUGAUUUUGACACAGGAAAGUGGUUAUGGGCAAAUGGAACAGAAUUAACUACUUCAAAUUGGGCAAAUGGUUUGGAAAAUAAUGUCAUAUCUAGUUGUGCUGGUAUUUCUUUUGUAAGUGGCUUAUACAAAUGGGGAAACUUCAACUGUACCCAAGAAGUCUAUGUUCUUUGUGAAGCACCUGUCGAGGGUUUAUUGCAUCCAUCUCAUUGUGGUGUGGGUGAAAUAUCACUGAUGCACUGUUCUGAAAGUGGGUGGGAUAUUGCUUCUGAAUGCCUAUACCCUUUAGAAGUUACAUGUUCAGGUGUAAGAGAAGGUUGGUUUUCUCCAGAAAAUGGAUUUCAAUACUUAGUGACAACUCAACUGUAUGAUUAUUCUUCUGGGAUCACUGCAUGUCAAUCACUACAAGCAAAUAUUGCUGCACAUGGCCCAAAGUCAAAUAAAAUCAUGCAGAAAAUAUACAAGUUUUUUGAAGAUAAAUUUUCCAGUUUUUGGAUUGGCCUAGAUGACCGCAGAAGUGAAGGAAAAUUUGUUUGGGCUGAUGGGACGUAUUUAAGUCCCUCAGUAUGGAGUCCAGCCUAUUCCAUAAACGAUUUUACAGAAGAUUGUGUUUUAAUGCUAAGUGGCACAUGGAGGGCAAGCGACUGCAGUGCUGCAUUUCCAGUUUUAUGUGAAGACAACGUGGCUUGACUACAAACAUUUUGUGCAGAAUACUAAACACGUAUAUUAGUUUCGUAACUAAAUGCUUCAUGAUAUUUGUAAAAAAAACGUUCUGUUGUACAUUACAAAAAAGUUAUUGUCCGCGUUACGUUA